AUGACAUUCUCGCGCCGGGCACUGCGCGUCGCCGCGCGCGCACGCAUACCAGCGCCAACAAUAGCACCCGCUGCGCGGGCUGCGAUCGCGGUGCGCGCGUACGCGUCCGCGCCGAAGCCUCCGACGCCAAAGGGCAAGGACAAGAAGGACACACCCGUGUACAACUUCAACACUUCGUUGACAUUCGAUGCGGUGGCUGACCCCGAGGUGGCAAAGUACCGCAAAGUGACGGCGGCGGACUUGGCAAACUACCGCGAGCCACCGACACGCGUCAAGAUGCUCGUGCGCGACUUUAUCGACGACAGCCUGUACAACCCACACUACGGAUACUUCAGCAAAAACGUUUCGAUCUUCACACCGCCUGAUGAGAAGGGGUACGACUUCCGCUCGUUCCGCGACCAGAACGAGUUCCAAGAGCGCGUGGCGGAGCGGUACGAGAGCGAGUACGGGGCAGUGGGGUCUGGGCUGGGGCGGCAGGUGUGGCACACGCCGACCGAGCUCUUCAAGCCACACUAUGCGCGCGCGCUCACCGCCGCCAUGGUCGGGCAGUACAAGCUCAACCACUACCCGCAAGACUUUGUGAUCUACGAGGUCGGCGCGGGCAACGGCACCUUCAUGGUUGACGCGCUCACAUACCUGAAAGAGGAGUACCCGGAGAUCCUGGCGCGGACAAAGUACCGCAUCAUCGAGAUCAGCGGGGCGCUCGCCAAGAUCCAAAAGGCGCGGGCGGCGGCCGCGGGCUUCGACAACGUCGAGGUCGUCAACGAAGACAUCUUCAAGUGGAGCGGAGGAAGCUCGGAGCCGUGCUAUGUCGUUGCGUGCGAGGUCUUUGACAACUUUUCCCACGACAUGAUCCGGUACGACUUGGCCACGCUCGAACCCAUGCAGGCGAGCGUGGCGAUCGACGCCAGCGGCGACUUCUCCGUCUACUACGAGCCGCUGCACGACCCCCUCUUGCGCCGCGUGCUCGCGUACCGCCGCCUCCUCCCGCCGUCGUCCUCAACCCAGCCGCCCCUCUCCCGCCCCCUCCUCGCCUCCUCUACCCUCCGCAAGGUGUACUCGCAGAUCCCGUUCGCACCCAACCUCUCCCCUCCAGAGUUCGUGCCCACCAAGGCCGUCGCGUUCCUCGAGCGCCUCCGCGACCAGCUGCCAAACCACCGCCUGCUCGUCGCCGACUUUGACACGCUCCCCGACGCCGUGCCCGGGCGAAAUGGACCCGUUGUGCAGACGCGAUACGGAGGCACCAUGGUGCCGUGCGAGACGUUUCUGGUCAAGCAAGGAUACUUUGACAUCUUCUUCCCAACUGACUUUGAGCUGCUGCGCGACACUUACAGCCUUAUCAUGAACUCGCCGUCGCGCCGUGCCAGUGAUGAGGGCAAGCGCGGUCGGUUGUCCAACGACUUCUUCACGGGCGUUCGCGGAUUCCGGCGCCGCGCGAUCAACGUGUAUUCGCAAGCCGAGUUUGUGAUGAAGUACGGAGGAAGGGAGGCGAUCAAGGCGACGACGACGCGCGACGGCAUGAGCGUCAUGCUCAACAUGUACCACAACACCAAGGUCCUCUUUUAG